AUGGACAAACUUAGAUAUAUAUGAGUGUAUUUUUGGUAAUCUCAUGAAACAGAUAGUUCAUGAUAGAUAUCAUUUAUGCAUCAAUCGAAAACGCGGUAAACCGGAUGUUUCCUAAAAGGAGAAAUUAGAAUUACUAUUCAUCUAUAAAGACGAUACACUAAUAUUUCUUACUUCUAAUAAAUGAUGAUAUUAAUGUAUUUCAUGAACAUUAUUUGAUCAGAAUUUAUGAUAAGGGUAUUAUGAAAGUAAACUGAAGGUUAACAUAAGAUAAGACAUAUUAAUGUCAUUUUAAAACAAUCUUAAAAUGAAUAAAGUGGCAAAUAUAUCAACUCCAAUUAAUUUGGAUGAUCCAAGAUUUCGUAUUAGACCAUACCAACAAAUUAUAGCUUCUUGCACAGGUGCACUUAUAACUUCAAUAUUUGUUACACCUUUGGAUGUAGUUAAAACACGUCUACAAGCCCAACAGAAAGCUAUGAUUUCUAACAAAUGCUUCUUAUAUUGCAAUGGAUUAAUGGACCAUUUAUGUCCAUGUCUCAAUGGAAAAGGACCAAAUGAAAAAUUUACUGGCACUAUGGACGCUUUUAUAAAAAUAAGUAAGAGGGAAGGAAUUGGUUCGUUAUGGAGUGGCUUGAGUCCAACUCUUGUAUUAGCAGUACCUGCAACCAUAAUAUAUUUUGUUUCAUAUGAACAGUUAAGGAUAUACUUAAAAGAUAAAUAUAAUAGAAAUUGGAGAAAAAAUACAAAAAAUGUAGAACAACCAUUUUGGAUUCCUAUGUUAGCUGGAGGUACAGCACGUAUUUGGGCAGCAGUUUUAGUUAGUCCAUUAGAAUUAAUUAGAACUAAAAUGCAAUCUCAAAAAUUAAGCCAUGCAGAAAUAAGAGAAGCAUUAAAGAUACUUAUUAAAUACAGUGGUUUCUCUGGCCUAUGGAUGGGAUUAGGAUCGACACUUCUUCGAGACGUACCUUUUAGUGCCAUUUAUUGGUUUCAUUAUGAAACUAUAAAACAAACAUUCUGUGAGUCACAACAAACUUUUACUUUCAAUCUUGCAGCAGGAGCAACAGCAGGAUCUAUAGCUGCAUUAUUGACUAUACCAUUUGAUGUAGUAAAAACACAUAGGCAAAUAGAAAUGGGUGAAAAGGAAAUAUAUUCAGAUAAACCUGAUCGUAGUAGUAAUACAUGGACUAUAAUACGAAGAAUUUAUAAUCAAAAUGGUAUAAAAGGUUUGUUUACUGGUUUAAUUCCACGUUUAGUAAAAGUUGCACCAGCUUGUGCUAUAAUGAUAGCAACUUUUGAACAUGGAAAACGAUUUUUCCAAAAAUACAAUGCUAGCAAAGUACUUGAAUUUGAGCAUGAUAUAUAUUUAUUACAGAAUAAACGUAAUAGUACCAAAUGACAUAUGUAGUAUUAGAUAUGAUACUAUACUGUACAUAUACGUCUUAAGUUAAAA